ACAGGCACAGCUGCGGGCUGAGGGAUCUUCAGUGUACUACAUCAGUUCAUUAACCAGCCCAUCCGUGGAGACUACAGUCCGCCGUGUUUUUCCCUGACGCUGCGUGGCCAGCUCGCCCCGGCUUCCCUCGCAACCGCCUCGGCAACUACUUUCCCAAGUUGGACAAAUCAACUUCUGAGAGACACGGCGGAGGACACGGGAGUUUUUUUAGUUUCGACGUGCGGACUUUAUUGCCUCCACUUCUUCUUGUUUCUCCCCCCCACCCCCCCUGCUCGGACCUGCUCGGGGCUUCUUUGUACCAGCAGCAGCAGCAGCUGUGCGUAAAUGUGUGCGCACCGCGCAUCGGCGGCGGCUCUGUGACGGACAGCAACCUCCGCCAAGGCUUUCUCCGACAUGAAGCGGCGGAACGAGGUGUAAAAAAAAAAAAAAAAAAAGAAGAAAAGAACAAAUAAGACGAGGAAUACAUCCAAAGUUUUGGUCGGUGGUGUGGCCGCCGCGUGGCUCAGACCGGUCUCCAUCCCUGCCGGAGCGCGUGGAUAAGCAGCGGGUCGCGGUGCGCGCAGAGAGAGCAGCGUUCAGCACAGCUGCAACCAUGGAUGUACGGUUUUACCCGACCGCUGGUGGGAAUGCUAUUCCAGGAGACCCACCGAACCUGGAUUUUGGUCAUUGUUUGGGCUACUACAACUUCAAUAAGUUCCAGAAUAACAACAAUUACAUGAACAUGGCUGAAGCAAAUGGCGCCCUGCUUGCUGCAGGAGACACUUUUCAUACGCCCAGUUUGGGGGACGAGGAGUUUGAGAUUCCUCCCAUCACACCUCCACCUGAGACGGAGUCCGGCCUGGGACCAGAAGUGGACUCGCCGUUCCCGGCGAUGCCAGAGCCCCCGGCCCUGCAGAGGGGUCCCAUGAUCCCCCAGUUCCCCCCUCAGAGCCUGGACCUGCCCUCCAUCACCAUCUCACGCAACAUGAUGGACCAAGACGGGGUUUCCGUUAACACUGGCCAGCCUGUGAAUGUGGGACCAGGCCAUCUACGUCAAUAUCCAUCCAACCCAUCCAUGGUGAUGAAGUCCAUCAUAAACAUGAACAACGGCCUGGUGUCGAGGAAUCAGCUGACGACCAUCAACCAAACCCAGCUGAGCUUGAACAUGGCGGGACCCAACAUCGCCCACACUUCUCCAUCACCACCCGCCAGCAAGUCCGCCACGCCCUCUCCCUCCAGCUCCAUCAACGAAGACGAGCAGGACGACGCCAACAGGGUCAUUGGGGAGAAGCGGCCAGCCCCGAUUGAUCCCACAAAGAAGCCCAAGACUCCUAAGAAGAAAAAGAAGAAGGAUCCCAAUGAGCCCCAAAAGCCAGUGUCGGCUUAUGCCCUGUUCUUCAGGGACACCCAGGCUGCCAUCAAGGGUCAGAACCCCAACGCCACCUUUGGAGAAGUGUCCAAGAUUGUAGCAUCCAUGUGGGAUGGCCUGGGAGAGGAACAGAAGCAGGUUUAUAAGAGCAAAACAGAAGCUGCCAAGAAAGAAUAUCUGAAAGCCCUCGCUGCAUACCGCGCCAGCCUGGUUUCCAAGGCUGCAGCGGAAUCCGCCGAGGCUCAGACUAUCAGGACGGUGCAGCAGACGCUGGCCUCCACCAGCCUGUCUCCUGGCCUCGUGCUGCCGUCGCCCCUAAACCAGCACCCCUCCAUGCAAUCAGCGGCCCAGGCACUACAGCAAGCCCUGCCACGGGCCAUAGCUCCCAAACCUCUGCAGAUGAGACUAGGGGGCAACCAGAUUGUGACCUCGGUUACAGUUUCCCACCAGAACAUGCCCUCUGGGAUGCCACCGCAGAUGCUCGGCCAGAUGGGUACCGGAGGGGCCAUGGGGGCAGGUGCCCAGUCCACAGGGGUAUCUCAGAUGAGCCCACCCAUGCAACCGGUGCAGCAGCAUGCCAUGCAGCAGCUCCAGCAGCAGCAGCAGCAACAGCAACAGCAGCAGCAACACUUGCAACAGCACCUUCAGCACCAUCAGAUGCAGCAGCAGCAGAUGCAUCACCAGCAGAUCCAGCAGCAGAUGCAGCAUCAACAUUUUCAGCACCACCUCCAGCAACAGCUGCAGCAACACCACAUGCAGCAGCAGCAGCAGCAGCAACAGCAGCAGCAGCAGCAGCACCAACAGCAGCAGCAGCACCAACAGCAGCAGCAACAACAGCAGCAGAUGCAACUGCAGCACAUUCAGAUGCAGCAUCAGCUGCAUCAGCAGCAGCUUCAACAUCUCCAGCAGCAGCAACAGCAGCAGCAGCAGCAGCACCAGUCCCAGUGUUCCCCAACCCAGCACUCUCCUGGUACCCCCCAUUCAGUGGGAGGCUCAUCCCUCGGCAGCCCCCAGCCCGCCCCCCAGCAGCAACCACACCCCUCCCAAAUCCAGGCCCACGCCCAGGUCCUGUCCCAGGUCAGCAUUUACUGAGCCAAAUGGAAAAUCCUAUCUGAAAGAACAGGAAUAGAAUAAAAGCAUCAUUUCAUGUUGCUUUUCUAAGUUGCACUUAAGAAGUGUGUAAGAUUUAGAAUGUUAUACAAAGAACUUGUCCAUUGUUGUAGACACAUAUGCACAUAAGUGUACAGGGGGACAGACAUGUUAGCUGGGUGUUUGUCUAUAAAAUGUUAGGGGGGAACACCCAGUGAUUGUUUAUUUGUUUGUGAGGUAUUUCAGUUGUUAAUUUUAACUGACUGGGCACACAAUGUUCUGAAAGACGUGUUUCUUUCACUGUUUUAUUUAACAAAAAAGCUUUAUUUAUGAGGCCAGAGUUGUCAGUUCAGCUCAGUGUAAGGACAUUGGGAAUGCGUUCCAACAAAAGCAUUUUUAUCACUCUUUGCCUGGCUGAAUGACUCACAGGAUCCUCGCUGGAAACCAGUACCACACACAUCAGUCUUUGUUCCCACAGUGGCCACGAUAUAGCAAACUUUCUUUACUCCAUCAGUCUCGCAGAUGUAACUGUUGAAACCAUCACUCGGUGGAAGCCCCGGUGAUAUUGGAGGACACAUUUGAACCAUGUCACAAAUGCAGCCAAUGUCUUUUGAAGAAUGAGGAGAACUGGAAACAAAAGGUCUCGGGAUGCAGUUGUGCAAGAGUGACUGAACUGACUAAGACAGAAACUGCCAUAAAUCAUUCAUGUCAUCACAUCAGGCUGUAGCUGUAAUCUGCUGUACAUGUUUUGUAGAGAGGGGAGCAUAGAAAUCGCCUUUAUCCAGUCAUUUACCCUCCAGAUCUUUCUACCCAGAGGGGUGUAGCUGGACCCCCUCAACAAACACAAACGAGCAAAAACCUUCCUCUUUAAUCUAUUUGUUUUUAUGUCAGAUGUUUAACGGUUAAAUUAUGUUUUUAUUUUGUGUAACAAAGGGGAUAUUUUAUGGUAAAUGCAAAAUUUCUGGAUCAGGGCAGAUGGUUUGGGGAUUGAUGUAUUUUUACCCUGCUCCUUGAUACUGUCAUUCUUUAAGAAAAAAACUAGAAAAAGAGAACUAGCAGAGCCAGUUUUGUUGCACUGCCAAAGCCAACUAAAAAGGCAUUGAAGGUAUUUUUGCCAGUUGUACAGAAGUCUCUGGAGGUUAAAAAAAAAGGAAAAAAGAAAAUGUUGUACAUUUUUCAUAUCACCUGUUGUAAAGUUUUAAUAUGUGAGGCUUUAAUUAAAACAUUGUUAAACGACCUGUGGAUUGCUAUAUCACAUAGUGCAUUUCUGCUCUUUUAUACUUUUUUAUGAGUUACAAUAGCAGCGAUUUAAUUUUGUUUGUAUUUUGCUUAAAAAAGAAAAAUCAACUGCAUAUGAAAAGUGUCCAUAGAAUAAAUGCAUAUCAGUUUGGAGUUCUUAAAGAAAAAAAACAUAAAAAAACCCACCUGUUUGCAGCUCAAGAUAGGAAGUGUAAUUCAAUGUUGGAGUUUCAGCUCUGCCAUGAAGACAAAUCCAGAGACAUUCCAUCACUAAUAUGAUCGUAGCCAUAAUUUUGUAUGAAGUAUUAUAUAUUUCUUUGUGUCUCUGUUCAAAAUUAAACUAUCAAUCACAAAUAUUUAUUUGGAGGAAUCGGUUUCUUUGGAGAAAGUUUUAUUGG